AUGAGAACAUAGCAAGAAAAAUAAUAUUCUCCUCUUUACAAUCAAACAUAGGUUGAUCAAAGCAACAUAGAUUUAUUAAAUAGGGAUUCCCAACAGAUUCCUCCUAAGUUACCACUAAAUCUGAUAGUAUCUGCAAGGCAAAGCCAAUUUUUGUUAAAAGGACUAAACUAAUCUUAAAUUAAUAGAUCAUAAAGAAUUAUUACACCAAAUAUGAAUGCUGAAAUAAAAACAUAAGCAACAGAUGAGCAAAACAAUUAUUAAUAAUAACAGUAAAUAAAUUAAUAGAAUUAAGGAAAUCUCUUCAUACCUCGAUAUAAUUCAUAGACUUAUAUUGAUAAUACCACGAAUUCUAAAUAAGGUUAUUAGCAGAUAAAGCUACCAGAUUUAGUCAAUUUUAUGGGAUAUGAUAGGAAGAAAGAAAUGCAUAUAAAUUUAAAUUAAAAGGAUCCUUUACUUUUUGGCUCUAUUAUUUCUCUUAAUCCAUUUGAAGAACCCAUGAAAUUCAUUAUGUCAGAUGGAUUUGUCAAAAAUUAAGCUUACAUCAAAGAUUUAUCUUUUGAUGGUAGCGGAUCUGUGUUUGAUAGAUGUUUAUUCAAGGUGUAUCCUUCAUUUAAAUCUAAAUACUUAAGAGAACUACUUGAAAAAUCAAAAGACUUUGAAAAGACCAAAAGGAACACAACGAAUCCAAUUUUCAGAAAGCAGACAACCGAAUCUAAAUUUUACACUAGUAAAAAAGAAAAGAGUGAACAACAAAAGUAGUAGGAUUUUGAAGCAAAUGUUAUGUAAGAAUACAAGCACAACAUGGAUGUAUUUGAAAAAUUAAAAGGAACUCCUGUGAGCUAUAAUUAAGAACUUCAACUACUACAUGUUGCUUCUAAUACUUUUCUAACUUGCAACUUUAUUUAAUCAGAAAUAGAGAACUAAAAUUUUGGAUUAGAGUUGUAACAGUUUUCUUCUAAAAGCACAAUUUUUAAAAUACAGCCAUGCUAUACACAUCAAUAAAGGACUGAAGGUAUAGUUUUAUUGAAGGAUGUUGUUUACAUAACAUCAGCUGCAAGUUAUUUAGGUAGAUAGCCUUAUUUGCAUAGUUCAAAAGUAUAAGAAUAGUUAAAAGAUAAUGACCUUGAUAAUAAGUAAGGGAAAUAUAAUAAAUCAUAAAAUGAUUUCUUAAAUGAGAGGCCUAAAAUUAAUCAAUUGGGAACAGGGAACUCCUUUACAACAACAAAUAAUGAUUAAAAAAAUAAAGUAAAUUUACAGUAAUAAAAUAAUUUCACGCUAUAAAAAAAUAACACUCUUACUGUUCCUUCCUAAAUUGAAAUUUAUGAAGAUAAAAACCACGAUGAAAAUUUAAAAAGUUACUAAGAACUUUACUAAAAUUAAUCUUAGCAGAAGUCUUAAAACAUUGGAUUUGAGCAAAGUUCUGACUAAAAUUAAGAAUAAACACAAACAAUAAAUAGUAUUAACGAUGACCACUAAUUAAUAUCAAACAUUUUUAUGCAAACUCAACUCUAAAAAUAAUAUUCUAAAAGAAAUACUUUAGGAGCAAAAGACAAUACUUAAACGAAUUAAUAAGGUAAUUAUAGGGGUUUAUCUAAGAUUUAAAGAAGUUUCAUAGAAAAUACUGGAGAAAAAUAGUAAUAAGAUAGGAGAACAACUUAAAUGAUUUAAAAAGAGAAUUAGUUAUAAUAGUAAAACACCUUAAAGACUGGUAAUGAUGCUCAGCCAACAAAUACAACUAUUUAAUAAAAAGAAAAAGAUAUUAUCUGUUUUGCAGACAAAAAUUCUUCAAAUUAAGAAGCAAACGCCUCUUUAGAAUAAAAAACCAAAUGGAGAAUAAUAUUAUAUGCAAAUACAUGUGGAUAGUAGGAUUUUCUGUAAUAUGGUGAUGUGAUUUGGCUUAAUCAUGUUGAAACUGGAUUUACUAUCAUAUCUAAAAAAUCAGAAAAUACCUAUAACAAUUAUAAUUAUGUUACAGUAGACUCAAGUUCAAAAAAAGAUUAAUCUUCCAAAUAUGAAGGAAAUACAAAUGGUAUGUGGAUUAUUGAGAACGAAAAUUUUACUUAAGGCGGAUUAAUGACAUGGGAAGAUAGAUUUUUUUUAAGAAAUUUCUCAUCUGGGAAAUACUUAAGCUUAAAUCCAUGUAUGUCAAACUUAGAGUAAGCAACUUUUAAAGUUUCUGAAUUUCCAGAUGUUUUAUCUUUAUUUAUGUUUACUCCGAUUAGCACGGCAGAUAGAUAAAAAGAUAUGAUUUACAUUGCUAAAGACUCAUUCUUUUUUAUCAAAUCAAUCUACUUAAAGGGUUGGAUACAUAUUAGAUAAAAAUAAGAAGAAAGUGCAUUAACAAAUACUGGUUAGUAUUAAAAUUAAUUUAUAAAGGGAAGCUUGCUUUUGAAAAUAAAAUAUUAGUAGCCUUUGGACGAUGAUGCUUUUAAAGUUAUACGUGCUACUAUGACUGAAGUGCUUGAGGCUAAUUUUCUCAUAAGCUGUUUUCCUAUUUUGAGGUAGUCUUUAUUUAAAUUACAAAAAGUUAAAGGAAAAGAGGUUCAAGUGUUAUAAAACUCUUAAGAAUAUGCUGAUUUGCAAAGGAAUUUAUCUCUUUUAAAAAGUUGUUUGGAAGAUUUAGAUAAAUUCUGUAAAAAUUAGAUAAUAACAACUUCGUUAGAUUAUGAAUCUUCUAAUUAUGGAAAGCUAAACUACAGCAGAUAGAAGGUAUUGUACGAAUAGUAUUACAUUGAUAUAGUGAUUUAGCUUCUUAAAGAACUUCUUUCAAAGAGUGAAUUAGAGAAUUUAAAGAAAAUUAGAAUAACCGAUAUCAAAGUAAAAAUUGCUGACAAAAUUAAAAAUUGCUUAGUUAAAUAAAAUAACAGCAUUAAUUUGUAACUUUUAGAAGAUUAGCUUAUUAAAAAGCAUUAAAAAUCUUCACCCAAAAGAGUACUCUCAAAGCAAGAUUCAGAAGCUUUAUAUAACGCUGUUUCUGGUGCAUAAGAUAGACACCGCAAAUUCCAUAUAAAUUAUAUAAAAUUCAAACUUUCUAUUGUCAAAGUGGCAUAUUAACUCCUUACUUCUAUUUGCAAAUAAAAUCCUUAAAAUGAAAGGUAUUUGUUUGACAAAAAAAUAAAAGACAUAAAGUAUUAGGCAAAAUUUUUAAAGGAGGCAAUCGACAGCAUAAUUCAAAUUAUAGGUAACAAUGAAAAAAUCAUUAACGAUUUAUGCGACGAUAUCAGAAUAGCAGAAAGAAAACGAAGAAACAAUGACAAUUAGAAAGGAUUGCUGUUUGGAAACUAAAUAAAAAAUUAGAUGUUCUUCAAUGAUGCCAUAAGCAAUUAAUUGAGUGUUGGAAUAGGCAGAAACAGUGAGCAAUUAGCUAGUCCAUUGACAAUAAAACAAAACGAAAAUGCAUAAAGUGUAGAAGAAACGCUUAAAUUAGAUAAUAUUUUAGUCUUUUUUGUUAAUUUAGCAAGAGACAGCUUAGAUAAAAGAAAUCCUAAUAUAUUAAAAUUUUUCAGAACAAUAUGUUCUUACAAAAGGAAAGGAGUUUCAGUUAAUUAAGAAAUUAUGUACAAAUUUUUGGAUAACAUACCAGGCUUCGAAUAGCAACUACUUAUUGAAAUGAAGCUUGAUGAGCUACAAUAAAUGGUAAUAAAAUUCUCUGAUUAAAGGCAGGUGAUUUUAGAUGAAAAAUUGCUUGGUAAGGAUUAAGAUGUAGAAAUAAACUCUAAACUCUAGUAUUUAAUUUAAUAAAUUGAAUUUUUCUCAGAUUUAUGCUUGGGCCGUAAUUAUUUAUGGAGUAAUAAAAUGAUGUCAAUCUUUCCAUUUGAUUAUAUAACUAAGUAAAUUUAAGAAAACUCGUUGCAUGAAUAAGCAAGAAGUGCUUUUUGUAAUUUAGCUUUGAGUCUUUAUAUAGACUAAGAACCGUUGAAUGAAAUAAGUAGACCUUAGAUGUGUCGAAUUUAUAGUAAUUAUAAGCAAAAAGAGGUAGAACAGAUGCCAUCUAUUUAUUCUACAACAGAUUUGGUAAAUUUUUAAAGUGCAAAUAAUGAAAACAGUUUUGAAGCUAAAAGAGAAUCCUUUUCAAAGUUACUAACAUUUUCAAUAGAAUACUUGCAGAAUGAAAUUAAAUAAAUUAUUACCAAAUAUGAUGAAAUCUAGUCCAAACUUAACCAAUUAAAUCCAGAUAAUUAAAAUAGCAGUAGAAUUAGAGGAAUAAUGAAUUGGAGUAAUAAAUACACUGCUCCUUUAGAUAAUAACGUAGAGUAGUAUUAAAUGGAAAAUAGAUUGUCAAGUGCUUUAACAUUUAAUAUAGUAAAAAUGCUUGUUACUAUGAUUAAACUGAAUGUUCUAACGAUUUUGUAAAAGAGUGACCAAUAUACCUUAAUAAUCAGCAAUCUUGUUAAACUAUUUGAAUAUGACUAUUAAAACUAUAACAUUACUCUAUCUUUGAGCAAAAAAAGAGAAGAACGAUAUGAAAAGCAAAUGAAUAUCAUACAAGAAAAUAAAUUAAUAGCUGGUAUUAAAGGAAUUCAGAAAAAAUUGAAAGAAGCAGCAGCAGAAGUAGUUGAAAAAACUACCAAAUACACCCAGAAAACUUUUAAAUAUGUUGGAAAAUUCAUGGGAAUAACUUACAAAAAAAGAAAAAUCAUUGAAGAGGAAAUUCUUCAAUUUAAUGAAAAUUUUUUCUCUUCUAAUCCUCUUGUAGGAGGUCUUGUAAGCUUGAUGUAAAUGAUUAAGCAAGGAGAUGAAGAUUAGAAUAAAGAUGUCAAAAAAUUAUAAAUAGAGAUCAGCACAAAGCUCGAGAUUUGUGAAAUACUUUUAUUCUGUUAAAGCCACAGAAUGGAUUUCUUAAUAGCUAAUUUUCUUGGCUGGUUUGAUAAAUUAGGGAAAUCUGAUAAAUUUAAAAACAUCACAGAUUACUAGCAAUACUAAAAAACUUUAGAAUAAGUGAUUUAAGAGGAUUUGAGUACUGUCAUUCCUAAUGUUUGUAAAACAGGGAUUGAAUUUUUAGAUCUUUUGUACAAGCCGUUAGAAAAGAAAAACAUAAUAAAUAAAUAGCUUGAAAAGAUGUGGAAAGGAUAGCUACUUAUUGAGUAGUAAAAGAGGAAUAAACCUAAAAAAUUUGAAGUUUACACAGAUUAAAGUGAAAUUUACAUUCCAGAUCUUGACACUUUAAUCACAGGAAAAAAAGACAGCAUAAUAUCAUCUGAAAUUUUACCUUCUCUUUUAACAACUUUCUAUCUAACUGGUGACAGUGUUCUUGAAGAUAAAAUUUUAGAAGUAAUUUUUAAUCAGUCAACCUAAACUGAAAAACUCUUUUAGUAUCUCUAAAAUUUGGAAAUUCUUUUUUAGAGAUAAGACAUCCUUCCUUUCAAAUUUCUUUAAGUACAAAUUCACAAGCUAAGAUUUUUAACAGAGAGGUCAGAAAUUUGGUUGAAUAACUAUUUUUAGCAAACAUAAAUUGGAGGCAACGAAAUCAAGGAAUUAAAUGAAAUUAUUAAAAUUUUACAUAACAUCGAUUCUCUAUUCUUUUCAUCAACAAGGGCUAAUGAAAAUGGUACCUUAAUUAUUUCAAGGUUUUUCAGGGAGUAUUAAACUCAACUAUCUAAGUAAACAAAUCCUUAUUUUAUUGAACAAAUACAGCAAGAGUGUAAUCAAGAAUUAGAUAGGACAAGAUAAAAGAUAUUUACAUUCUUACAAGGGCAUAAUCCUAUUAUUUAAAUGAUUAAAAACUCCUAAAAUUAAAUGGUAAAAUUUGUGAAAUAGUAAGAUGUAUCAGCUGACUCUAAAAUUAAAAUUGUUUAACUACUAAGAUAUUUGUAUUCUAUUUUAGUACAUUUUUGCUACAACAUAGAAGAUAAUUAGAAAAUAUUAGCAAAGCCAGAAUAUUUAAGUCUCUUUUUUGAUGAAAUUUCUAUUGAUUUUGGAUAAUUUGAUUUAUUGAAUGCAAUAUACUUUAACAACAAACCUCUCUGUUCUUCAUUUCCUGAUUCUUUACUAAAUUAGAUAAAGACAGCCAUUAAUUAGUUUGGAAGAUAACCAAGGUUUAUUUAAAUUUUGAAAAUUAUACAAUCCUAUAAAAGCUAAGAUUAAAGUGUAACUCUCCAUUUGAUAGAAAAUUAAAUUAGAGUUUUCAGAUGGUUUAUUCCAUCAGAAUUUCUAGAAAAAGAUGAAGUAAGUGAAUAUAGUUAUCUUUUAUAUGGUUAAUUAGAUGAAAAUCAAAGUUUAAACUUUGAUUUAUCACUUCAUAACAACUAAAUUGAUGAUGAAGUUGACUAGUUCUUAUUAAAUCAAGGUGAUAAAAAAGAAGAUGACCUUAAAAAUAGCAGUGAAUUUCAUUAUAAUAAAAAAAACUUUAUGCUAGAUGCACCAUUUUAUUAUCAUGCUAUGCUGCUUGACAUAUUUAUUCACUCGAUAGAUGGAGAUGAAGGAUAUAAUUUAAAUAUAAACAAAAUUAAAAAAAUGUUUUCGUUGUAAUAUAUAUUUAAAUUUCUUUUAAAAGAAGAUGAUUUUCUUUCAUAAUCUCCAAUCAACAUACCUCAUAUGUUUUAAGACUAAUAAUAACUUAACCCUCUUUUUUAGGACUAACAUUUGUAAGAGCGCUCUCUCUACGAUAAGUCCGUCUUAUACUUAGUAAAAACAUAGGAGGAAGGUUUUUCGUUAAUUAAACCUAAAGCUCUGAUCUUAAUAAGAAAGGCUUAUUUAAAUCCUUCAAGCCCACAUUUGGAGAGCUUAUUAAGAGAAUUGAAUAAUAUUAUCUACUUUAUAAGGAUAGAGAUUAAUAGAUUUAGAUAGGCACCUUUAGACAAAGAGGAUUUUCUUAUUGAGAGAUAUUUAGAAUAUUUUUGUGAAGGCUUUAUUGAAUUUAGCUCAGCAUAUUUAAAAGCAAUAGCAAAAAAUGGUGAUGAACUUGAAGAUAUAAAAGAAAGAGAAGAUAUAUUACUAUUCCAUGAAAUGGUUUAGACAUUAGUUGCAAGAAGAGUUUUUGUUCAUUAAAGAUGUACCAGCUAUUAACUUGCUUUAAUUAUGGAUUUCAUAAAAAAUUGCUACAAAGUUAUAGGCGAAUAAGAUUUUCUAACACAGUUUAAAAAUAUAGAUAGCUAAGUUAUCCCCUCACCUGCAAAGAGAAAGAUUUGCAAUAAAGAUGAAAAUGCAUAUUAUGAAGGCAGUUUAAAAUUAGAUUUUGUAGAUAGCAGUUUACAGUGGAUUUCAUCUUAGAAUUGGUCAAUAUUUUUAGGUAUUUGCUGCAAUAGUUCGAUUUUGCAUGAACAAAAAGAAAAUGAGCUUUCUUCAUUAGCUCAAGCUUUAAUAAAUGUAGAAAAUUUGUAUGAUAGAAAAAUAGUCUUCAAAGAUUUUCUAAAAAAAUUAAUAUCUUUUGUAAAGAACGGUAUAGUUAAUUAAGUGUAAAUAAAGAAUAUUAAAAAUAUUUUGAGGCUAUUUGAAAAAAUUUUGGAAUUGUAAGAUAACAAUUAAAAAUUAGUUGAAAUGUAGAACAUUUUUGAUUAGCUGGACGCUGCUAUCAUGGUACUGACUUUGAUAUCAGAUAUCAAAGAAAAUCCCUUUGAGGACGAUAAAGUUUUGUUGAAUCUAUUUAAUUUUAUGAACAAACUUUUGUAGGGAGGAAAUAAGAAAGUUUAAAAAACGAUUUAUAAUUUUUUUAUCAAUCACCCUAAAAGCGAAAUUAUUUUUUAAACAUUCUAUACCAUAUUACUUGAAUAAAUAGAAAAGUUAAAAGAAAUUAACAAACAAGAAUAAGAAAGUUCUUAAGCUGCUAAGUUGCUUUUAGAAAAAUAAAUUGAAAAUUAAAAUAAAAGGAAGAAAAAUAAAUCAAUGUCUUAACCUUCAAGUCCUGGUCUCAAUUAAAAAAAGAGAAAUAAACUUAAGAAUGGAGAUGAAUCACCUUAAUUUAACUUUGAAAGUCCUCCAGAUAAAAUUUUAGAAAAUUAAGAACUCAAAUUAGAAACUAACUAAGAAGAAAAAAUUGAAAAUAGCUCACAGGAUAUUUACAAAUAAGACUUAUUAAUUUCUCUACUAAAUCUUUUACAACUCUUUUGUGAGGGACACUACUUACCUCUGUAAAAUUAUUUAAGAUUUCAAUCUCAAAACAGGAACUCUUAUGAUAUCAUCACAAUUACAGUUGAAUUGCUUGAUUAACUUAAGCUCAAGAAAUCUAACUUUAAGAACAUGAUUAUUUGUUUUGACUUAUUAACAAAAUUUGUCUAAGGUCCUUGCCAUGAAAAUCAAGAAAAAAUAAUUGAUUCAAAAUUCCUUGAGAUAGCUUAUUAAAUUUUAAAUACAGAAAUAAGCAAUAAAAAUUCAAAAUAAGGUCUCCACAAUGAUUAAGAAUAAAAUUAAACGACAAAUAAUUUCAAGAGCUAAUUAUUCCAUAAAGAUGAGUCUCAUAGAAAUAAAAAAAAUCAAAAUAGUUUGGUAGUCUUAUCAAGAAAAGAGACUGUUUAAGUUGAUAAUUAUUAAUCAUAGUAUUUGAUUAAUUAGCUUUAAGCUAAAACAAUCACUAAUUUUGAUAGAUUAAAUUUCAAUGAGAAUAAUCUUUCCCAGAAAUAAGAGCAGUUUAUUAAUAAUCUUGAUAAGUGGUAACUACAAAAUCUUAAAUAUAAAAUCAUGAUAGUUAUUAACAGUUUGCUUGAGUUUAACCACGAUUCAGAAGUCGUUAAAAGAAUUAUGAGAUCUCUACCUUUAUUUACUCUUAAAAAUAAUAUUACAGCAAUCUUUAAGAGAUAUAAAAAAAUUUAUUAAGACUAAUAUGUUAAGCAAUCUCUAGGUCAUGCUCAGACUGAUCCACCUAAAUUUAAUUCAAAACAAUAGAGAAAGUAUUACGAAUUAAUUACAGAAACUGGGUUUUACAUUUACUUUUUAAUCAGUUGUUACAUAGAAUUACCAUCAAAUUCUUCAGAGAAGAAUCGAAACAUAAAUUAAGAUCUAGAUUUGUAGACAAUAAACGAACUAAGUGAAAUACAGAAAGAUUUCAAAGAAUCUAAAGGAAGUAUCUUUGAUCUUGAGUAAAACAUUAUAGGAAAAUUUACAAAGUUUUUAUAUGCAAUAUUGAGCUGGAUGUAUUAACAAGUCAAGUUUAUAACAUAAAAAAUUAACAUUGCUAAAUCACAAAAGCAACACUUAGAUGAAACAGAAGCUAAGUAUUUCAAGGAGGGAAUAUAAUUUUUUAAAAGGAAUUCAGCUUCAAUUGAAAUAGUUAGAAAUAAUCAAAUAGAGAAGGUAAGAUUUAUAAAAUAUCCUUACUGUCACUUCCUUCCUAAAGAUAUAAAAUCUCAAUUUUAAGAAAAUGUUAUAAGAGAUUCUAUUCAUACAAAGAUAUAAACUGUCAUUGACAAGUAUAAGAAAGUGAUUGAUAUUUGUAAGCACGAAGAAAAAUUAAGUCUGUUCUUUAACAGAAAUAAAAUAGUAAGCAUUUUUGCUAACUAUGUAGACAUGUGGAGAGAAAUAGCUUACAUAAUAACAGUUACUUUAAAUAUUUUCAUUAUUAUAAGUUACUCAGAGUUAAAUGUAGACAAGAAUAAACCUUCUAAUCUAGAGCCAGAAAUUUCUUCAGAAACUAGAUGGGAUAUGAGAACCAUGAAUCCUUUACUAGGGUUAACAGAUAGGUAUCUUUCUGUUUAAGAUACAAGAGAUCUCUUUGCUCUCUUUGGUUUUAUUAUGGUAUUUUGUUCUAUGUUUAUCAUGGUCUUCUUUUUAGUCAAGCGUGGACCUCUCUACCUCAAAUAAGCAUGGGUUAGUAGCGAAUCAUUUAUUGAUAAAAGUUCAGGUUUUUUUAUUAAGAUGCUAGUUUAUAUUUUUGUAAUCAUAACUACCAUUCUAAAAUUGUUGAUUAAUCUCGAAAUUAUAUACUACUUAUCUUUUGGUUUAUUAGCUAUUUUAGCUACUUUUGUGCAUCCUUUCUUUUUUGCUUUUCAUCUAACAGAAUGCUUUCUGAGAUAUUAAACUUUGAGAAACGUAUUAAAGUCGAUUUAUGAUCCUAAAAUAGGACUUAUAUUAAUCUUUAUUUUAAUUUUACUAUUUAUGUAUUUCUUUACUGUGUUUGGCUACUUAAUAUUCAACGACUCUUACUCUAAUAGAUGUGACAGUCUUUAUCUCUGUUUUUUUGAAUCUUUUGAUUAGAAUUACAAAUAUAUUGGAGGAUUGGGAGGUUUCCUCAAUAGAGUUAAACCUCAGGAUACAGAUAAUUAUGAUUAUGAGAGGUUCUUAUUUGACAACUUUUGCUAUAUAUUGAUUUCAAUAUUUCUUUCUAAAAUGUUUUCUGGGCUAAUUAUUUGUACGUUUAAGUAACUAAGAGACACUUAAAUGUAAAAACAUAUUGAUGUUAAUGAAAUGUGUUUUAUUUGUGGAAAUUCAAGGGAGCUUUUUGAUAGAAAAAGUGAUAAAGGAUUUUAACAACACAUUAAAAAUGAUCACUAUAUUUGGAAUUAUAUGUUUUAUCUUGCUUAUUUGGAAGAAAGAGAUAGCACUGAGUAUACUGGUGUUGAGUCAUAUGUGAAAGAAAAAUUAACUUAGCUUGAUUAUACUUGGUUCCCUAUAUAAAGAGCGAGCGUUUUAGUGGAUGAUGAGAAAAAGAUUUUAAGGGAUUAAAAAGAAUUAGAAGAACUUCAAAAUAAAUUGAAUAAAUAUAAUAAUUAAAUGAAGGAAGUAACUAUUUUAAAUAAUAUCAUAUUGGAAAAUUGUAGCUCUUAAUAGUAAAACUAAAAGUAGUUAUAAAAACAAGAUAUAAAAACUGCUAAUGAAAUAAAGUGA